UCUCUAUAAUAAUAAUCAUUUACUCGUAUUACGGUUCUACUUUCUCUCUAUAAUAAGGCCUUCAAGGUCUCCCCUUCUCUCAUAAUCUACUUUCUCUCUCUACAUAGCUAUUCAGAGCUUGUUUUUUGUUUCUCUCUCUAACUGACACUAAUGGCUGUGACUAAUGGAGUUUCUUCUGGGGGAUUGAUCUUGAGCUUCGGCGAGAUGCUGAUCGAUUUCGUGCCGACGGUGUCCGGCGUGUCGCUGGCGGAGGCGCCGGGGUUCCUGAAGGCGCCCGGAGGGGCUCCGGCCAACGUGGCGAUCGCCGUCGCGAGGCUCGGCGGGAAGGCGGCGUUCUCCGGGAAGCUCGGCGACGACGAGUUCGGGCUCAUGCUGGCCGGGAUCUUGAAGGAGAACGGCGUCAACGGCGACGGGAUCACGUUCGACAAGGGGGCUCGGACGGCGCUGGCGUUCGUGACUCUGCGCGCCGACGGAGAGCGGGAGUUCAUGUUCUACCGGAACCCUAGCGCCGACAUGCUCUUGACGCCCGGCGAACUGAACCUCGACCUUAUUAGAUCUGCUAAAGUUUUCCACUACGGAUCAAUAAGCUUGAUCGUGGAGCCAUGCAGAUCGGCACAUUUAAAGGCAAUGGAGGUGGCAAAGGAGGCCGGGGCACUACUCUCGUAUGACCCCAACCUCCGGCUACCACUGUGGCCCUCGGCUGAUGAGGCACGUAAGCAGAUCAAGAGCAUCUGGAACAAGGCAGAGCUGAUCAAGGUCAGCGACAACGAGCUGGAAUUCCUCACCGGGAGCAACAAGAUUGAUGACGAGUCUGCAAUGUCACUGUGGCACCCUGGUUUGAAGCUCCUCCUUGUCACCCUUGGUGAAAAGGGUUGCAAAUAUUACACUAAGAACUUCCGUGGAAGCGUGGAUGCGUUCCAUGUCAAAGCGGUGGAUACUACCGGUGCAGGUGACUCAUUUAUCGGUGCCCUCCUCUGCAAGAUUGUCGAUGAUCGAUCCGUGCUCGAGGAUGAAGCAAAGUUGAGGGAAGUGCUGAAGUUUGCAAAUGCAUGUGGAGCCAUCACAACCACCAAGAAAGGAGCAAUCCCUGCUCUUCCUACUGAAUCUGAAGUCCUCACCUUUAUUAAAGGGCAAUAGAGAACUUUCCCUUCUCUCUUCUUUUUAGUCUUAGUUUUGGUUUAUUUUGGAAGAGUUGUUCGCAGUUCAAGUAAAUUAAGUCCAAUCUCAAUUUUCAUUUUCAAUUUCUAUUUCAUCUGUGGCUUGUAAUGGUGAACAACUUGUGCUUUAUUAUUAAUAAAUAAAUUAAUAAUAAUGCUUGUGAAUGUUUAUGCCGCGAAAGAAAGGCAACAAAA